UGAGUUGUUUAACAGCCUGUGAUGGGAAAACUGUAUCAAAAUACCUAAGGUGGUCUAAAAUGGGCUCAGAAUAGAGAUCUAAAUGUGGAAGCGAACACUACAUAGCUAAAGAGUAUCAGGGGUGGGAGGAGGAGACUUUUUGAACACGAUACCAAAAGCCCAAACCAGAAAGUGAAAAAGCUGAUGCAUCUGACAAAUGGGAAUUUAGGAUAUCUGGUCUAAAGACGCUUUAUCUCAAAGGAAAACAAGCCACGGAUAUGAGCAGGAGAUGCACAGAAGGCGAGAGAUACCCAGAGCCCCUAGCGAUUAGAUAAAUGCGAAUCACAACGAAAUGCCAUUUCACGUGGACUGAUGGCAAAGAUUAAGACUAGGUAUUCUGGCGGUGGGCCACCACUAAGGAAGUCGCAAGCCUUACAAGCUUUGCUGGAGGGCGGCCUGGCAGCAUGCAGAGAAAACGCCCGACUCAAGGGGCUUCCUGAGGCUCCAAGAGAAACAAGACUUCCAGCGCUGUCACUUCGUAGGCCGCCGGUAAACUCCGGGGCUCGCACAGCCCUCGCGGGCCCCCGGGCCUCCAGAGCCUAGGAGGUUUCCGCUCUCCUCCGAGAAGCCACACCCCCUAUUUCCGUCUGGGCUCCGGGGAGGGGCCCUCCGGAGGCUCCCUCCACGCCAGGUCUUGCUAGGGUCCGCCUGGCCCUUUAAGGCUGACCUAGCCCGGUCUCAAGUCUGGGACGCGCGGGGCGGGAGGGAAAGAAGGGGGAAGGUCACGUGGGCCGCCGGCGGAGCGACUCGGCUCAAGGCGCUCGCGGCCGCGGGCUCCCGAGACCGCGGUCCCUGCCCCUCGCCGGCCGCGAGGUACUCUGCUGUCAGAUACGCCCUCGCCAGGUGGCCCUGGACACGCCAGGCUGGGGUCGCUUCUAAGCGCCCCACAGGGGCCAUGGAUGACGAGACAGCAGAGGAGCAGGGGGGGCCCGCGCCCCCGCAGGGUGCACCCUGCGGACCCGGCUCAACUGGCGCUCCUGCCCUCGGGGGGCGGAGGGAGCCCAAGAAGUAUGCAGUGACUGACGACUACCAGUUGUCCAAGCAGGUGCUGGGCCUGGGUGUGAACGGCAAGGUGCUGGAGUGCUUCCACAGGCGUACUGGGCAGAAGUGUGCCCUGAAGCUCCUGUAUGACAGCCCCAAGGCCCGGCAGGAGGUGGACCACCACUGGCAGGCCUCAGGAGGCCCCCACAUUGUGCGCAUCCUGGAUGUGUAUGAGAACAUGCAUCACAGCAAGCGCUGUCUCCUCAUCAUCAUGGAAUGCAUGGAAGGUGGUGAGCUAUUCAGCCGGAUUCAGGAGCGUGGCGACCAGGCUUUCACUGAGAGAGAAGCUGCAGGAAUCAUGCGGGAUAUUGGCACCGCCAUCCAGUUCCUGCACAGCCAGAACAUCGCCCACCGAGAUGUUAAGCCUGAAAACCUGCUCUACACAUCCAAGGAGAAAGAUGCCGUACUCAAGCUCACUGAUUUUGGCUUUGCUAAGGAGACCACCCAAAAUGCCCUGCAGACACCCUGCUACACUCCCUAUUAUGUGGCUCCUGAGGUCUUGGGUCCAGAGAAGUAUGACAAGUCAUGCGACAUGUGGUCCCUGGGCGUCAUCAUGUACAUUCUCCUGUGUGGCUUCCCGCCCUUCUACUCCAACACGGGCCAGGCCAUCUCCCCAGGGAUGAAGAGGAGAAUCCGUCUGGGCCAGUAUGGCUUCCCCAAUCCUGAGUGGUCGGAGGUUUCUGAGGAUGCCAAGCAGCUGAUCCGCCUCCUGCUGAAGACAGAUCCCACAGAGAGGCUGACCAUCACACAGUUCAUGAACCAUCCCUGGAUCAAUCAAUCGAUGGUGGUGCCACAGACCCCGCUCCACACAGCCCGGGUGCUGCAGGAGGAUAGAGACCACUGGGAUGAGGUCAAGGAGGAGAUGACCAGUGCCCUGGCAACCAUGCGUGUGGACUAUGACCAGGUGCAGAUCAAGGACCUGAAGACCUCUAACAAUCGACUGCUCAACAAGCGGAGAAAGAAGCAGGCAGGCAGCUCCUCUGCCUCACAGGGCUGCAACAACCAGUAGCUCACGGGGCCUUGGAUGAGCUGGGCCUCUCGGCGCGGGACACAGACCCGAGUAUGCUGAGGCCCUGACCCAGAAGGCCUGGGGUCAUUAUUUUUAACAAAAGGAUUGUUUUUGUUGUGUUUUAAUUUGUCACUUGGAACAUCAGGAUGGGAGACUACGACUCCAAGCCUCAUGAGAGAGGGCCCAGAGCCCGGGAAUCAGGGAGCCACCUGCCACAGCUGCAGUGCCUCUGGCCAGAGCAGCCCUAAUGAGACGUAGGUCUGUCCUGCACUGGGGCAUGGCCUUAGACUUCUAGGCUACUGUGGGUUGUAGUGAGCUUCCCUCUUACCAUGGAGACACCCCUCUGUGGGGUGGGCAGAUGGGCCUGGCCUUGGGAAAGUCAUCUGGCCAUUGGUUGCCAUGGUGACCAGGGACCGAGUUGCUGUCUGUGAAUGCUGAGUAGGAGAGCAAGGGAGGGAGAGGGGCAAUUGAGGGUCCACCUCUGUCUCCUUGGAGAGGCUUGUAUGCCUCACACUGCUUGCCCUUCUCAGGAUUCCUUCCUUUGGUCUCCUUGAGGCCACAGAGUCAGUCAGCCUGUCUCUCUGGGAGGUCCAGCCCUAUCUUGCUGCAACCCCUCCUACAGGCCCCUUGGAGCUCUCUCUCUGCAGAGUCCCUGGGUCUAGUGAUCCUGUUACUACCCCUUACCCAAAGAGUGGCCUCUCAUCUCAGGGAAUGGUGGGAGGUAUUUUUAACCCUUUUCUACUUUGGAAAGUGUCACUGUGACAGAAACCCGUACAGUUCUCCUGCCCUCACCCACUCAUCGGAUCCCAGGAAGGAAAGCUUCUCUCUGUUACCAUUCACCUUGUCCUGGUUGAUGGCAGGGGCGAUCUCUUGGUGUACUUUUGUGAGAGUGGAUGGCCAAGGACAAGACCAAGAGGCUCCCUAUUAAUCAGGGGUCUCUUUCUACACUCUGGGUCAGACCUGAGGCAGUGGAUAGCUGCUGAAUGAUACUUAGAAGGUCUGGUACUGAGUCCUGGCUUUGGCCUGAGUGGGAAUAGAGACGGUCCCUUCCUUGCUGGUCCCGGCUCACCCAGACCCACACUGUCCAGGGUAGCCUCAGGGUUCUAAGUGCCUGAUAUGGGCCUGACAAGUGCCUGAUUCCCAGCCUGGUUCCUGACCCAUCUCUCACUGGCUGGGAAGCCCUAGACUGCAUUAGGUAGGAAAACACCACUGGAGUUUACAUCUAGACAUUAAUAAACACCAUUUUGGCAUUUUC